AUGUGUACUGUAACGAAAGCUCUCGUGAUCUUUUCACUAUUGACACUACUGAAAGUGACUGUGAAUGGUGAGGAGACAGAUGACUUAGUGGACUUUGAAUUUGAGACGCAAACACCCACCAAUGACUACGAGUAUGCCGACGAAGUGGUUGCCAGCAAUCACAGAAACACGCUGAUGGACGAUCUGGGCGAUGUGGAAACGGAGUCAGAUGGGCAAGAAGUUGUGAAUUUUCACACGAAAGAGCAGAAAGUGAGAGCAGCACUGUUGAAAGCGUGGGCAAAUCUGAAAUUGCGGCAAAAGUUUGCCGAAAUUCUGCCUAUUCUUCGCAUGCUGUCCAGCCAACAGAGAACGGCUUUGGCUGCUCUCGUUUCGGCCCAAGUCAAUGCCAAGCCAGGCAGGGAAUUGAAUCUCAGCCAGGUGAAAAGCAUGUUCGGUGACCGGAAAGAUCUGAUACUGCCUCUGGUUCUCGAUAUUGCAAAUCUUGUGCGAUUCGCCACCACAACACCUCAUUACACCACGUACGACACUUUCUUCGAGAAUGAACCCAUUCCUCAGGCGCAACUGCUUCGUCGAAGCUUCAACACCCAAUCAACGGUGGAAAGUGAUGAGAGAAAUGAGGCCGCCGCGGCAGGUCUCGAUACCGCAAAUCCAAUGAGCAACAUUAGAGAUGAUCGAUUGUCUGUUGAAGAAGAUGAUGGGGUAAUUGUGACAACGAAUGAGGGUCAGAGGAGUCCCAGGCAGAGCGAAUCUCGAGCAUUUCUCGUGACCAGAGAACCUCCGCACUACGAUAAACUCGUGCAAAUGAUGCCGCAAUUCGAGCAGAAGCUCGAGCAGGACAGUCAAAAGUCACCCACAGAAGCGACAGAUCAAUUGGUUGGGGAAUCGAGGCCUCUGCCCAUCACUCUCACCAGAGCAAGUCCCAUUGAGAGGAACUUGACUCUGGAGGAAAUUGAGGAUUUGGCAUUUGAGUCGCUAAAUGGAACGGAUUCCACAGAUUCACCAGCAGCAGAGUCGGAUUCGGAGAACUUACCCACUCCGGAAAUGCUGAUUGGCAGGAAGAGGCACAGGAAGAAGCCUCCGCCAUCUUUCCUCUACAGACAACCGUCUCAUCUCAGUUCGCACACUUGUGAGAGAUUCACUGGGAAUAUCUGUCUAAGGGUGGAUGACUAUCCGAUGGACCAAAUCAUGGGAAGCAUCAGGAGACAUUCUUACGCAAUGAAUGCUUUGCUGGCAGAAUACAGUGACAAGGCUGAGGAACAAGAUGCUGACUUUUCCGAUGAUUUACUAUACGAAAGCAAAAGGAAUUUACUUAUUGGUUUCUUGUUAUCCAGACGCGAGGACGUGAACGCUGGACAGCCUGGAGCCAUGUGCAACAGCGUCAUCCGGUAUGCUCGGCCCCAGAAAGCAAGAUCUGCCACUGGCGAGUGGAAGUACAUUGUGAACACCGGGAAGCACACGCAAACCCUGCGUCUUGAGAAAUGCAGCAAUCCCCAGGAGAGUUGCACAUAUCUCACUGAGAACUUCAAAUCGAGAUGUGUUCAGGUGUAUAACUACCAUCGACUGCUGAGUUGGGACAACACCAGAGGUCUUCACGUGGACAUCUUCAAGGUUCCGACGUGCUGCUCAUGUCGCAUUGAUGGAUACAGAGACGCUUACCCACCCUUAACCACAGGCACGAGCCAGUACAACUCCUACAAGGACACCACAUCGAAGCUGUUCGGAUCAUCUUCCCGGACAAAGCCAUAUGCCGCGAUCAGCGAGAAUCUCGAUGACUACGAUCUCGAUGACGAGGAUUUCGAGGAUGGCGAUGAUGAGGACGAAGACGAUGACAUCGCCUAUCAGUUUGGGGAUGGUUUCAAGAGGAUUCGCAAGCCUUCCAAGGCAAUCGUGUCCAGUUCCAGCGUUCCAAAGAUCCGCGUUGAUCAGCUCAAACUGCCCAUUGGUCACGGUCUCAAUUUGCAAGUCAACACCCCACCAGAGCCCUAUCUGAGUCCUCCGCUGAAUGAGUUCGGGGAGCUGGUGUCCUUCAAGCGAGGACCUUUCACGGGCAAGCGUCGCAAGAGGCCCACAAGUCGCAUAGAUCAGAACCUAGCCGAGAGUGCAACUCAGUAUCGGGAAGUCACGCUUCCGUCCACGCUCUCGACGAUCACCGAGCGUCCCAAGAGGCGGUCAACAGUGACAACGACAACCAGAGCCAGUCAGGAGAAGAUCACGCCGCGGCUGCCCAACACGGGCCUCGAGAGCGAGAGCGGAAGCAGUCGCGUGAAUUACAACUACCACCCGAUAAUAGAGUUCUUCGAGAAUGGGGCCGUGAAGGGGGGUGUGGAAGUGCCACAGGCCGCAGCAUCCGGAAAAGAAUCGCGAAUUGGCGCGAGCGCCAGCGAUUGGCAACCAAUGAUCAAUGAAACUCAGGCACGAUGUGUACUGAUGAAUGCCAAUGUCUAUCACGGCGGCCUGGAUUGGAUCACGCUGGCCGAGGAAUCUGUCGAGAGCUACGCAUGA